CUGAACCACUCGUGCCAUUGAUUUCACUUGAAAUAGUUCCGCUCUCGUUGUGACUAAUUGCUAUAACGCUCGUGGCUGACAUUCAGAGCGCGACACUGUUGCGUAAUUCCGUUAUUUUCUCUUUCAUUCUGUUAAACCCGUUAUCAGAGAGGUAAAGAGAGAAAAAGUCACACAGCGCGUUAAAAGAAAAGAGAGAGAACACGCAGCUCAUCACUCUGUCAAAGAGGAUUUCACUCCUGCGGACAGAGAGACACACGCAUUGAUCCACAGUGUUGACGCGCUUCUGCGCAUUUCAACUCCUCCCGGUCUUUGCGCGGACAUCAACACCAGCAACACACACACACAGUAUAAAAGCCGUGCAGCUGUCAAGUGGAGGACACUGUCUGCUGUCUGUCGCUGAGGGACUUUACCGCACUACAUUCUCUCACACUCACGCUGUCACAAUGUCUUGGGGAUACGCAGAGGACAACGGACCCGCGAAAUGGGCUGCUAACUUCCCCAUCGCUGACGGACCCCGUCAGUCUCCCAUUGACAUCGUUCCCGGUGAAGCGUCGUACGACGCGGGGCUGAAGCCGCUCAACAUCAAAUACGACCCGUCCACCUGCCUGGAUAUCCUCAACAACGGACACUCCUUCCAAGUGACCUUCGUCGACGACAACGACAGCUCAACUCUGACAGAAGGCCCAAUCUCAGGAACCUACAGGCUCAAGCAGUUUCAUUUCCACUGGGGAGCAGCUGACGAUAGAGGCUCUGAGCACACAGUGAACGGGACCAAGUAUGCUGCUGAGCUCCAUCUGGUGCACUGGAACACCGCAUACCCGAGCUUUGGAGAAGCCGCUAGCAAACCGGACGGACUCGCUGUCGUUGGAGUUUUCCUGCAGGUUGGUGCGGAGAAUGCCACUCUUCAGAGGCUUCUUGGCGCCUUUGACUCCAUCAAGACCAAAGGAAGCCAGACCUCUUUUGCCAACUUCGACCCCUCUACCAUGCUCCCUGGUUGCCUCGACUACUGGACCUAUGAUGGUUCUCUGACCACACCCCCUCUGCUGGAGAGCGUUACCUGGAUUGUGUGCAAAGAGCCAGUCACAGUCAGCCCCGAGCAGAUGGCCAAAUUCCGCAGCCUGCUCUUCUCUGCCGACGGUGAGGCCGAGUGCUGCAUGAUGGACAACUACCGACCCCCCCAGCCGCUCAAGGGUCGCCCUGUCCGCGCUUCCUUCCAGUAAUGUCCCCUCCCCCAACUGUUGCCCUUUCUCACCCUCUCCCUCCCUUCCCCACCCUCACUCCCCCUCCCGCCUUUUUAGUCAGACACCCAGCGUUACCUCUCUUGAAGUGAGCAACAAAGCACACGUAUCUCUUUCCAUCCAGUCUUGAAAGAAAUGAAUUUCCUGUCGCACCACGCGUUCUAUUGCUAAGCCAGCAAAGAUGCCUGUGAUGUCAUUUACGAUGUCAAGCACCUCACGUAGGAGGACGCAUGUUUACCGGGAUUCAGCUUUGAGACGUCACACCGGUGUGUAGGUGACCACAAAACAAUGAAAUAUGAAGUCGCAAUUGUGCUCUCGAGCCACAAAGCACAAGAUCCUUGUAGUAGCAGAGGAGGAGGAGGAUAUCGCCACACGCUGCAGUCCGUCUGUAAUCUCUGACCGACUGCCAGCUUCUGCUUCAUAGCAGCUCAAUAAAACAUGGCUGAUGCCUCCAUCACAGGCGACUGAUGCAGAAAAUCCCCUCUGGUGUCCUGCAGAUGUGAUGUCUGUAGUCACUGACCUGCUUUUUGAUGGUAGAGUGACAGAGGACAUGAGGACACACUGCUGCUGCAGUGCACGCUCCUGAGCACAGUGGUGACGGCAUGUUUCUACGUUUUUAACACACUCGAAUCCCUAAAUCCAUCACGGGUUUCAUCCCCAUGCUUCAAUUUUUAGGCAUUAUAGUUGUUGUUUUUUCCUUUUAGCCUGGGAGUAUGCAAAACAAGUCUUAAGUAAUUCAUGAAUUGUGUCCUGCAGCCAAAAGCUCUUUACAUUUUUGAUGCUCUGAUAUUAUAGCAAUAGACACAACAAUUCUAGUUGUUAUCUCUCUUUUUUUUUUUUAAAUGAAAUGUAGAAAAUCUCCCUUUAGCCCUUAGUGUGUUGUUGUGAAACAUCCGUUUGUCGAGUGCAUCUAUAGGUAGUGCCAUAGCGGCUAAUGCACAAAUGAAUGCCAAGGAAAAAGUGAACCUGCCAACAAAUAAAGAUUAUAUUUAGUUUCAGCCUGGUGUCAGAAGAAUAAUUAAUGAAUUCUGCUUUGUGAGCUCAAGGUUUGGCCCAGAAACAUUAAAGAUUAAUAAGUAAGAUGACGUAUUUGUACAAGAAAAAAGGCAAAAAAAAGCCUUAUGCCAUUUCCAGUUAGGGCCGUCCAAGGAGUAUAUGUUGUUGUUAUUAUAUUUUGGAAGUGGACAUUUUAGGAAAUAAAUAUAUUUUACGACUAA